AUGCUGAGAAUCGAAGCAGGUUCAUUCAAUGCGAUACCUCAUGGUGUAAGUGAUGUGAUUAAUGUCGUGAAGUUCUUGAGAGACAAUGCCGACGCCCUUCACAUCGGAAAGAUAACAGUGUGGGCAGAGUCAGGGUUAAACAAAUUUUCAGACGUUGAACGAGCAAUUCUCAUAAAUGGAAACGCGAGAACGAGAACUAUUGGAAGAGAAGGGUUCUCCAAAAGAGCUGCUCAUAAAAUCCUCACAGAGUUACAGUGCGAUUUACCGUCAGUCAAUCAAGCAAUGGACUGCUUGAGGUCCAAGCAGCUAUCCGAACUGUACACAGCAGCUGAUCACCUUUCGAAGUCCUUCUAUCCGUUUGGUGUUCCCUUCAGAUGUCCGUCUUAUGAGCAGCCAGCGAUUCCCACCAUUCUUGGAGUUUUUAGACAGCUACCUAAAGAUUAUCCUUCUGAUAGCGAUUUCGACGAAAAGUUCCAGUAUAUCAACUUCAAGCGGUUCCUAGCCGGACUGAUACCUGACUCACAAUUCCAAAACGCUCCAUUACUACGACGGCAAAUUCUUCAUCAAUACAUUUACACGCAAGGAGAUAAAAAGAACACCUACUUCUUGUUCGAGCAAAUGAGAAAGAUUCUGCUUGAUCGUGACUUCAUCGCACCCACUCAGCAGCUCGUCAGUGAGCUAAAGCAGAAGAAGAGCGACGUCUAUCUUCUCGAAUAUGGCAUUGACAAUCCACCUACUUCAUGUCUACAAGAUGGUGGAUGGGACGACAUAAAGCCGUUCUGCGACAAAAUGUUCCAGUACUUUACGCGGCAGCCAACGAAAAACAGCUGCGAGCCAACGAAUCCAACUUGGCCGGCUAUGGGAUCAACCAAACGGGACUAUCACGUCAUACUCAAGCUUUUGGCACUGGAUAAACUGGAAUUGAAAGGUAGACGAGAUGCCAUCUUCAAAGAAGAGACCCAAUUAGACCCUCACGAAGUCGAAGACGAUGUUCAGGAAUGGCAUAGGAAAGCAGCAGAUAUCGGUGGUUUUGACUUCACUGAAGAACAUGCCUUAGGGGACAUGCCAUUGCACAUGGAGCUGUGA